GUACAUGUGAUAUCGUCAACGUAACAACUAUAGAAGGAUUAAAUGCAUAAAUAAAUUUAGCGUAUGCCGCAUUCUUUUUUUUUCAUAUCUCUCAAUGGAUUCCUUUGAGAUAAGUGUCCAUUUUUCGGACUCUCCACUUACUACGGAGGACCGUGAAGUCUUAAGGGUUGCAGAAGAGGCGAAGAACAAAGACGACAAAAAAUUGUUUGUUCUUGAGUGGCUUAGCCAAAAUGAAGCCACGUGGAAGAACAGCACAGAGCGAGUAGCUCACUAUCGUAGGAAGGCUAGGAUAGAAAUGGAGAAGAAAGCAAAAUCAAUCAAUGAACAAUCAAGGAAGGACUGCAAUGGAAGCAACGGAGAUGAGAAGCAGUAAUACUUCCACAUUGUAAAUUUUGGAAUCUUAGGUUUUUCUGGAUUUCUAUCAUGUUGUGAUCAUGUGAUUGUGUGAUCGUCUUGUGCUCCUUAUCAUGUUGUUUUUUAUUCAUUGUUGUGUUGUUACAUUAAUGCAAAGACAAUAAAC